AUGUUAAAAAAUGACUCCAAAUUUAAUAAUAAUCUAUUGACGAAGGGAUUUACCACGAACAAUGAAAACUUCCAAGCUACUCAUGUUAAUGGCGAGAGAUUGGGCUUAGUCUCAACAUUUCCAAACAAUUCAAUACAUACUUUGAUGUCGAAGAAUUGGAAGUUACUACUUAAAGUAAUUGGAUGUGAUGCUAUGUAUCACUUAUUGUACAACGGGAGCAUAUUUACAUAUUUGGUAAACAAUAAUUAUUUACAAGUAACUGGGGUCCCAAUCUUUUCUUUCAACCUAAAGUCUAGUACUUAUGAAAGAAAAAGAAAAAAUGAAAGCGUAACAUAUGAGAAGGGCCGUCAAAAAAAACCCCGUAUCGAGAAUUCUUGGAACAAAAUCUCUAUAAAACGGUUUCGAAUAUUUUAUAAAUACUUUAGCAAACAUUUAAAAAAGGAUCGAUUCUUUCAUCGUGGACAGAUCACAGAAAAAACAACGGUUUAUUGGCUACAAUGGAUUUUUCCUCAACAAUUUGGAAUUCCAAGUGUCUUUUCUGAUGAAGAUUUUGAAAAUAGGGCUUCCUCCAUUCUGCCCGAGAAACAUGAUAUCCCAAAACGUUUGUUGAAGGCCGCUCCUUUAAUUUAUAGUAUAGCUAAAAGCCUUAAUCGGAUAUCGCUAUCACUCAUAUUUAAUUAUUAUUGUCCAAGGUGUACUAAUAUGCGUUUUAAGGAUCCGGAAACAUCAUCAGUGCUUGCCUACUCCCUAAAUGUAAAUCAAGUUUAUGCUUUUUUGCGGUCAAUUAUCAUUAAUGUUUUCCCAAAGUCCGUAUGGGGUACAAUUCAUGUUUUUAACAUUGUUAUGCAAAAAUUAUACACUUUUCUUCGGUUGACAAGAUUCGAGACAAUUACUCUUCAUUAUAUAAUGCAUAACAUUCCAAUCAGGAGCAUUCCGUGGAUACGCUUAGCAGAGAAUGACUCAAGAAAUAUUUGUCUUACUGAUUUUGAAAAAAGAAAGCAGAUAUUCUCGGAGUUUAUGUAUUGGUUUUUUAACACAUUUGUGAUAUCUUUGCUGCAGUCAUUUUUCUAUUGCACGGAAUCGGUUGAACGUAAAAAUGCAACUUGUUAUUUUAGGAAAGACGUCUGGAAGUGUUUAUCUAACCCUUUUCUAAGGAGGGUUAAAGACAGCAUCUACGUUCCUAUCGAAACGCAUGAAUUACUAGAAGACCCAGUCUUGCCUCCAGCAACAAUUCGUUUAAUUCCUAAGAAAGAUUCGUUUCGAAUAAUAACAAAUUUGCGUCGUAAACAUUUAAUGAAGAAAUCUUUUAAUAAUGGACAAAUUCAUUUAAUUAGUACAAAUCAGCUAUUACAACCGUUAGCUUCUGUGCUUAAGUUGACAAUGUUAGAUUACGAGUCUAGGAAUGAUGAAUCAUUUUCAUAUAGAAACUUGUUUUCUAAGAUCAUUUCCUACAAGGAAGACCUUCGAAGACACCACUGGUAUAAUCGAAAAAAAUAUUUCGUUCGUAUCGACAUAAAAAGUUGCUACAAUAAUAUAAAACAGGAUUUGAUGUGUCGUAUAACGAAGAUUCAUUUGAAAGACCCAGAGUAUAUCAUACGAAAAUACUGUAUGAUUCAAAAAGCACAGGGUCAAUUGAUUAAGCAGCAUGUGAACGAAGCCCAUACUUACUUUGACCUUAAGCCUUUUGAACGAUUAGCGUCUUCAUUAGCAACACGUAUGAAAGACACGAUUUUCGUCGACAACGUUGAGUACUGGACAAAAUCCUUUGACGAGCUUUUUUUAAUGCUUGAAAAACAUGUAAAGCAGAAUAUUGUGAAGAUUGGUCAAAAAUAUUACCGUCAGACACAGGGUAUCUCUCAAGGGUCGGUUAUAUCUUCUUAUUUAUGUUAUUUCUAUAUGCAAGAAUUGAUUGAAGACUAUUUAUUGUUUACGAAGGAAAAAGGAUCGGCCCUCAUACGUGUCGUUGACGAUUUUUUGUUCAUUACUGUUCACAAGAAAGCAGCUAUUAGGUUUCUGAGCUUGUCUUCAAAAGGUUUCACUAAGUAUAACUUCAGUACGAGCAAUGGAAAGACACUAAUUAAUUUCAAACCUCCGGAUUCAUUUAAAGAGCCAUAUAUUAAAGCAAGUAACUUAAUCCCAUUCAGUGGGUUCUACUUGCAUGCAAGGUCAUUGCAUACAGUAUAUUGCUGUUCUACAAGUUUUAGGAUUCUUUACGAUGCGUCUACUGUAGAGCUAUGCAAAGGCACUGGAAAUUCAUUGAUUAAUAAAUUACUCAGAACUGGAUUUGCUUUAUUUUCAAGCGCCUUUGUUGACAGCCACCAUAAUUCUUGUUCUAUCAUUUUCUCUAAUAUUUACAAUUUAGCCUAUGUGCUCUCUAUGAGGCUGCAAGUUUACCUGAAGCGAGUAGUUUCUGUGUUUGUUAUCCAACCAUUGCUUCUUUCUCGAAUGAUGAAUAUGAUAAUCAGAAAAUUGUUCAGAAGAGUCUGUUCAUUAACCCAUCAGGUCAACAACCGUCCUUUUUUGCUGAAAGAAAUGAAAUGGGCUUUACUGCAUGGCUUUUUAACUGCUAUCAGACCAAACUUUAGGUCAUCAAUGGUAUAUACGAAACUGAUGACUGAUUGUGAAGAGCUGCGUUCACAAAUUGAUUUCUCUAAAAGCUAUUUAAAACAACCUCUGUUUUCUUCUACUUAUAAUUCUAGAAUAAGCAAUAUGUAA